CACAGCAACGAGGACGACAGGCAUGGUGGUGAUGACGUGGCGCGACGGCGGCGAUCCCGUCGGUGAUGAUGAUGACGGGGCACAAUGACGACGAUCACGAUGAUGACGAUGAUGACGUGGCACAGCGGCGACGAUCUCGACGAUGAUGUUGAUGAUGGCCAGGUGACGACGUCGAAGCAGGGUGGGUCGGGCGGGUUCGAACCGCUCCGAUACCAGUGUAACGAGCGUGAGGCUGAGGGAAACGAUGUGGAGGUUCGCAGUGUUAUCUCCGGAGCAAGACUGCAAGGGAACACUCUGGAUUGGAACCCGGCAACAUCCACAUUGACCGUUGAUGGAAAUGCAGCCGUCAGUGUUGCGCCUGAUCUGGCAGUCUCGUCAUCUGCAAUCAAGGUGCAUGUUCGUCAGUCGACGCCUGAUGGGGAAACAGUUUUGCGGCAGACCCUAUCGGGAGCAUGGAGGGGAGUCGACUCUCUUUCCAAAUCUACUCGCCGCGUCGCCAACAAGGAGGAUAAAGUCAAAGACCAUUGUCGAACUGGAUUGCAAGCAACACGCUUUGCGAGCUCGAUCGAGUUUGACGGGCCAGUGCGUGUGCAAACUGCCGUGAUUCCCCCAACCAGUCGAUCAGGAAAGGAUCAUCGGGGUCGGCGGCUUCAUGUGACUAGUGUCCCCAACACUACUGCAACCACCGUUCGCUGGGCGCGAUGCGGAAACAGUGUUCGCGAAGAUGGUCAUCUGCACGAGAACUCGGGAAUCAAGGAUGAGUAUAGCAGAGCUCCAACAGCAGCAGGACAACCACAGUUGUCUUCCAAGCUGGCACCCUUCCACUUUAGGAAAGCUGGAAGCAGAGGCAAGCUCUGCAGGGGGAGCAUGAGAGAUGCCCAGCGAUUGUGGUGGUGGUGGAAAGAGCUUUCGCAGCACAGGAGUCCCGGUCGAAAAUCAUUGGAACUGGAAAUUUUGUCCAGGGCUGGAUUUGUUUGGGAAUGGCUAGACAAGGACUGGAGUGUCUUACAGUCAGGUGGACCAGUUAUGGUGACAACUCCACAUCUAGCAUCAACUCAGGUGUGUGCAGAUGCAGAUGCAUUGUCGAUCGAGUUCAAAGGCAGCAGAAGUAGAAGUGCAUCAGUCCACAUUCAAGGUGGACUACGGGUGAGUGCUUGCGGCCGGCAGAAAAGUUGAGCAGAAGAAAAGAGAAAGUCACUUCACUUUAGUUCUUCUUGGGCCCAAUGCCCAUAUGCUGAUAACCCCAAAACGUUUCGCGAAAACCUAAUCAACAAGGAUGUGGGAUGUGUUCAGAGUCUUCAGACCAGCCAGCAGCCCAGCAGUGUUGUUGCUGAACAGUUAAGUUGAGUUAACACUUCUGAAGAAAGGAAAGUUUUCUUCUGGGUGCAGGGAGAAGGAGAGAGUCUGUUGUUCGAAACAUUGUUCGAAAAAUUGUUCGAACUUCGAACGCACCGCGUGCAUUGGGAAACUUAGAUAAGUUGUGUGUGUGUGUGUGUGUGUGCUGUGUGUGUGUGUGUGUGUGCUGUGUGUGUGUGCGUGUGUGUGUGUGUGUGUGUGUGUGUGUGUGUGUGUGGUGCGAGGGAUGGGAUAUCAAUUGUGUUUUAUUGUUAUGGGCCUUAUGGCUUUCUACAAUGAUGAGGAGGCGGCAGGCAUGGAGAGGUCUGAGGUACCCCUUCUUGAUUUUUUUUUGUUUUCGAAAAGAGAUCUACCCCUUGGCAACAGGCCAAUCAAACAGUAAUAAAGUU